AUGUCCGACACUGGAUCACCNCCACAAAAGCCCGAGGGCGGCGAGCACCUCAACAUUAAGGUGACCGACAACAACAACGAGGUCUACUUCAAGAUCAAGCGCACCACCCAGCUCAAGAAGCUCAUGGACGCUUUCUGCGAGCGUCAAGGAAAAGCCCCUACCAGUGUGCGAUUCCUCUUCGACGGCCAGAGAGUCAACCCUACCGACAAUCCUGAGACCGUCCACCAGGAGCAGAUCGGUGGCUGCUGA